AAAAAAAAAAAAAACAGCUCUUCUUCAUUUAUCAAUGGACUAUGAUUGAUUAUUAUCAUUUGAAAACCAAAAAAGAAAGAAUCUUUUUAACCCCUUUCUCUCUAAUUCAAUCAAGUUACUAAUACCUUUUCCUUAAUCACAAUCCAUCUCCUUAAACCCCUUAAUUCUCCUCUUUCUUUCAAUGUAAUAAUACAAAAUCAAACAAUGGAACCAUUUUAUUAGUUCUCAAAACAAAACACAAAAAUGCCAAGUGUAGCUGUGAAAUUAUACAGUGUUUUCUUCAAAUUCAUGUUAAAACAUCGUUUACAAAACCGAAUUCAAAUCCAAAUUGACCACAAUACUAAUAACGGGUCAUUUGGUGUUACAUCUCGGCCCAAUGAAGAAUCAAUUGUUUCCCCAAAUCCAUUAUUCAUUGAUGGUGUUGCCACUAAAGACUUACACGUGGAUCCCGGGUCAUCCGUUUCUAUUCGGAUCUUCCUACCCGAAACCUGCCUAAAUUCCCCUGAUUCUGAUUCAAAAUCGAAAUCUAGGGUUAGGGUUUCGACCCGACCCGGAUCCGGAUCCGGAUCCGACCCGAAUCAGGGUUUCCCACGUCGAAACAGUUAUGGGUGUUAUACUACUGAUAAUGUGAUUGAGAAAGAGAAGAAUAAUGGUGGGUUUAAUAAUCAUAGGAGAAGUAGUGUUGGUUGUAGUAAUGGUGCUGAUGAUGAUGAUUUCGGGUUAUCGAAAAAACCUGAUCAAAAUGGGGUUUUAUAUAGAGGGUAUUCACCAGGUGGCGGUAAAAAAGGGGUUUUAAGGAAAUUGCCAGUUAUGUUGCAGUUUCAUGGUGGAGGUUUUGUGAGUGGGAGUAAUGAUUCGGUUGCGAAUGAUUUGUUUUGUAGAAGGAUAUCGAAACUGUGUGAUGUUAUCGUUUUAGCUGUGGGGUAUAGGUUAGCGCCUGAGGAUCGGUAUCCAGCUGCGUUUGAGGAUGGAUUAAAGGUGCUACAUUGGUUAGCGAAACAGGCGAAUUUAGCUGAGUGUAGUAAGUCGGUUGGGGUGGGGGGGAAGCGGGGUGGCGGAGGGACGGAGUUGAGGAAAUCGUCUGAUGCUUAUGGGCAUAUAGCUGAUGCGUUUGGAGCGUCGUUGGUGGAGCCUUGGUUGGCUGCUCAUGGAGAUCCAUCGAGGUGUGUCCUCCUAGGAGUGAGUUGUGGGGGAAAUAUAGCUGAUUAUGUGGCUCGGAAAGCUGUAGAGGCAGGUAAGCUUUUGGAUCCAGUGAAAGUGGUGGCACAGGUUUUAAUGUAUCCUUUUUUCAUUGGAAGUGUUCCAACACAUUCCGAGAUUAAGCUAGCAAAUUCCUAUUUCUAUGACAAGGCCUUGUGCACUCUUGCAUGGAAAUUAUUUUUACCUGAAGGGGAGUUUGACUUGGACCAUCCUGCUGCUAACCCUCUUACCCCUAAUAGAGGACCUCCAUUAAAACGAAUGCCCCCAACACUGACAAUUAUAGCAGAACACGACUGGAUGAGAGACCGGGCCAUUGCUUAUUCAGAAGAACUACGGAAGGUAAACGUUGAUGCUCCUGUUCUCGAGUACAAGGAUGCAGUUCAUGAGUUUGCAACUCUUGAUAUGCUUCUUAAGACCCCUCAAGCUCAGGCUUGUGCCGAGGACAUUGCUAUUUGGGUUAAGAAAUAUAUUUCGCUUCGUGGUCAUGAGUUCUCAUAUUGAGUCAGAUAGAUGGUCCUGUAUAGAAGCAUGUAAUUCUUUCCUCCUCGUUGUGUUCCUUUUGUAAUAUAGAUGACUUGCCAGAAAAUAGAAUUUUAGUUGAGUUUGAGCCAUGUAUUCCUCCCACGCGAGUUUAAUUAUGCUUGUUUGACAUCGUUGUCAACAAUUUUUCCUGUAUUGAGAUGUACCUCUGCCAUAAGAGAUCAAGGAAUGAAAUGCUCCUCUUUAUUUCUUA